CAAUACCCUAUGAUAGUAAAAUAAUCUCGAUCAGAAAAUCUGUUACUACCCACACAACACAAGCCUCUCCCAUCUACAUCCCCACAAAAAUAAAUUUCUUGUCAUCAAACAAUGUCUGCAACUUCCAUUUCAAAUCUUCAAGAAAGGCUUCAGGAGCUUCAAAAGGCAAAGGAAACACCUUCACCAGCCCCCCAAAACGCCAAAAUCCAACGAGUACCACCACACCUUCUCCGAAACCGAAAGAAUUUCAGCAAGCACUACUCCCCAAAGUUAGUUUCAUUUGGUCCCAUCCACCAUGGUGAUCUCAAUCUACAACUGGGAGAACAGUACAAAAAAAUGUGGGCAGCAGAGUACAUUGACAGCACCAAAAUAUCCCCAGAAGAACUGCACAAAAAGGUUGUACAAAACAUUGAAACCUUGAAGCCCCUCUUUGACGACGAUCUUUUCACCAAAAAUCAAAGGUUUUCAGAGUACGAGAAACAAGGUUAUGAAACUCCGGAGGACAUGAUCAGUUGGAUGCUGUUCGUGGACGGGUGCGCCCUUCUGCGCAUUCUGGAACAUGCGAAGCUCGACAAACCGUAUAAAAUGAACGUGAAGGUAGACCAGCUUGUGCUGGUGAUGCAGGACGCGCUUCUGCUGGAGAACCAGCUUCCGUUCCCGUUGCUCAAACAUCUAUGGAGGGACUCCAAAGAAAACCUCAUGGAAAUUAUGAAAGGGUUCCUCCGUUGCCACCAUUGGGCCACCAAAGAAGAUCAGGUAAACUUUAAGGCGGAUUUCCCACAGCCUACUCAUCUUCUUGGCCUUCAACGCUCUAUCAUCCUUUAUGAUCCAACUCAAAACACUGACAAUGUUCCAAAGCGCCACAUCGGCAACGGAAGCGAGACUCAAGGUGUUUCACAAGAAAACCAAGACGACAUGGUAACAUACAGGAACAUAAAGGAGUUGAAAGCAGCAGGGAUUGAGUUCAUGUCAAGUAAGACACGAAGGCCAGCAGACAUAUCUUUCUCCCUUGGUUGGUUUCAUUCAACACUGAAGCUUCCCGAGAUAGUUGUGGAUGACACAACAGCUGCUACUGUGCUAAACCUGAUAGCGUAUGAGAUGUGUCCCGAUUUUCAAAAUGAUUAUGGGAUUUGCUCUUAUGUGUCCUUCUUAGACUCACUCAUAGACCAUCCAGAUGAUGUGAAAGCACUCAGAUCAGAACGAAUUUUGCUUAAUUCACUAGGGAGUGAUGAGGAAGUGGCUAACCUUUUUAAUACCCUUAGCACUGAUUUAGUGCCUGACAUGGGAAAAUAUGUUGAUCUUAGAAAUCAAAUUGAGAAGCAUUAUAAGGAUAAACUUAGGACUUGGUUGGCUCUUGGGUAUAGUACCUAUUUCAGCAACCCUUGGGCCAUUAUUGCAUUCCAUGCUGCAGUUGUGGGUCUUGUCCUAACCUUUGUCCAAACUUGGUAUGCUAUUCGUCCAACAAAAUGAUAUCUUUGUUGUUGUUGUUUUAUGUAUGAUUGGGACCUCCAAACUUUUGAGGUCUUGUAUUGUGUUAUGUAAUCACCAAAAUUAUCGAAAAUGUUUUCAAUUGGUUUCUUGGA